AUGGAGCCUUCUGAAGAACCUAGUCAAAUUAGCAAAGACAACUUUUUAGAAGUUCCUAAUUUAUCUGAUUCCCUUUCUGAAGAUGAAGAAGUUAAAACUACUUUCAAACCUGCUUUCUCCCCUCAGCCAAGUAGACGAGGUUCUGAUUCUUCUGAAGACAUGUACAUGGACACCCCCUCUUCAGGUAUGAGGAGAGUUUCUUUUGCUGAUACCUUUGGAUUCAAUCUUGUGUCUGUUAAAGAGUUUGAUUGCUGGGAAUUACCAACUGCUUCAACCAAUUUUGACUUAAGGAAGGACGUUUUCCAUACAGAAGAAUAUGUUUUAUGCCCACUAUUUGACUUGCCUCCUUCAAAAGAAGAGCUUAUGCAACAACUUCAAGUACAGAAAGCGAUAUUGGAAUCAACUGAGUAUCUUCCUGGGUCUACAACUAUGAAGGGAAUAAUUCGAGUGUUGAAUAUUUCUUUUGAGAAGUUGGUGUAUGUGAGAAUGUCCUUAGAUGACUGGCAUUCACACUACGACAUCUUAGCAGAAUAUGUCCCUAAUUCAUGUGAUGGUGAAACUGACCAGUUCUCCUUUAAGAUAUCAUUGGUUCCUCCUUAUCAAAAAGAUGGCAGUAGAGUUGAGUUUUGUAUACGUUAUGAAACUGCUGUUGGUACAUUUUGGUCAAAUAACAAUGGCUUAAAUUAUACAUUGGUUUGUCAAAAGAAAGAACAAGAGCUGGAGCCUGUAAAACCACCAGAAGAAGUACCCAGUAGACACAUAAAAGGCUGCUUAAAGGUAAAAUCAAGUAAAGAAGAACUACCAAUGUCAUCAAAAGGGGAUGAGUUUGAGGAUUCCAAGUUUACAGAUAACUAUAUCCCAACAAUUGUUUGUUCUUCUGAGGACCAGGAAGACUUGAAAACCAGUGAUCAAAAUGAAAAAGAUAUUAACAGGGAAUAUGAUGAACAUAAUGAAAAAGAAUUAGAGUUGAUGAUAAAUGAACGCUUAAUACGAAGUAGAAGCACUCCUUCCAGAGAUGAAAAGAAUCCAUCUUCAACAGAUCCAGUCAAAUUUCCCAAUAAAGUUGAGGAGUUAGAGAAGAAGGAAAUCCAUGGUGAAAUAUACACUGACUUGUUCAAAAGGUCUUUGUCUUCAAGUUCAUCAGCAGAAAGCUCCUUAAAGGGAGAUUUUUACCACCAUGAAAAAUAUUCCUCAGAAAAUGAGUGUUGUUAUCAACCUUCAGAAAAAAUUACUUCAGGUGUGGGAGAAAUCAAGCCAUCAUUGGGAGAUGCUAGUAGUGAUGAAUUAGUGCAAUUACAUGUUGGGAGCAAAGAAGAACUGGAUGAUGAUGCUAAUCCAGCCCAUGGAAGGGAAAGAGUGCAGGUAUCUUGUCCCUUCUCAGAUCAACUAAUGGUAGGCAGCCUCAAGGAGAAACAUCAAGAAGAAUCUAAGAAAACUGAAGUAAAAGAUUGGGAAUGUUUAAGAAGAGAUUUCCUUUCAGAUGCAUCUACACAUCUGGAAGAAUCAAGUGGAAAAGGAUCUUCCAAGAAAGAUCAUGGCAGUGGUGAGGACGGGAAAGAACAAAGAGUACAUUUAACGCUUCAUGAAAAAGGAAACAACACUUUUCAGCCAAUCUUUCAUGACCAAGAAAGGAAGAUAGGCCACCCAGAAAUAAGUGUGGGAGUGAUAGGAGCUAGCAGCAGAGACCUAACUGCUCCCUCGAGCCAGGAGCCCACAAUCCCCAGCCAGGCAGUAACAGCAGAUACCACUCAUUCACCAAGGACAUAUUUAAGUUGGGAAGAAGUUGUGUUAACAGCCCCAGAGUGUGAUUUCACAACCAGCAAAGACACCACUUUAAGGACACCUGGGAAGGUUUGUUCAGCAAGAAAUGGAAGUGCUUUGAGGAAUGAUUAUCCUUUUCAAGUUCAGGAAGAAAAACCCGAUUGGAUUAAUACUGAAGAUCAGAAUAAGAAUACACAGCAUAAAUGCAAUUGGAAUGUUCUGGAAAGUCAGAGAAAAGUAAGAGGUAGUAAGACAAAUAUAACAGGGCAGAACAAAGGACCAGGAGAUUGUGAAGACAUGUGGGAAAAAAGAGAUAACAUGAGGAGUUUGAAAGGUACGCCUACAGAAAAAUUGUUUACCUGCCAAGAAACAGGGAGCUGUGAACUGUCUUCUCUAGCUGAUCAUGGUAUUCCUGAGAAAGCAGAAGCAGGUACAGGUUAUAUAAUUAAGACAACAUCAGAAAGUACUCUAGAAAGCAUGUCUGCUAGAGAAAAAGCAAUAAUUGCUAAGCUACCUCAAGAGACAGCACGAAGUGACAGGCCCAUCGAGGAAAAGGAAACAGCGUUUGAUCCACAUGAAGGGAGGAAUGAUGAUUCACAUUAUACCCUUUGUCAACGGGAUACAGUACGUGUAAUCUAUGACAAUGAUUUUGAAAAGGAAUCACAUUUAGGUAUUUGUAAUGUACAUGUAGAUGAAACGGAGAAGGAAGAUACCAUGUCUAUGUACAGUCCUGGGAAAACACAUGACAGGGAGAAAAGUAGCACUGAAAUUAUAACAUCUGUAGGAGAAUCCUCACAGGUCAUUACAGGGAAUGGUAAAACAGCUUCAAAAUUGGAUUUACAUUUGGAAGUGUUGCCAUCAGCUGAAAAAUUACUUCCAGAAAAUACAGAUCAUGGGCAAGUCCAAGCAUUAUCAAUGAAAACAGACUUAGACGUCCUUGUUCCUUCUGCGUUUAACAUUAACACAGCUUCUCCGAAUGGUUUGCAGGUGUCCAAUCACUGUACCAAAACUUCAGUGUCAUCUUAUGAACAGGCAACUGCUGUAGAGGAUGAAAUUACUGCCGUGCCUAUCCAAUCUAUUUCUACAAAAUCAAAAUAUAAUUGUAAUUCAACAAGCGAAAUCCAGGGUAUUGAGAAGCACCCUCAGCCUGGGUCUACACCUGAAGAAGUUUCUAAAAGCUCAGAAGGAGUGACAUCGAGUAGUAGAAGAGAAAGAUGUGUAGGUCAGAUUUUGCAACAAGGGGAAGGAAGUGAAAAAAAAUCUCUAGGGUCAAUGACAUUAAUCAGUGAAACUUUUGAGAACAACAAGGAAGAGAAAGGGCAUGAAAAUGAAGGAUUACUAAAUUUUGGACAAUCUUGCUCUUCAGGUGACAAGGCAUGUGAAAACUCUGCCUCCUCUAGUCUCUUGGCCCAAGAAAGUCAAACUCAAAGCAGUGAAUCUCUGCUUUCAAAAUACAUCAACUCUAAAAUACCGUAUUUCCUUUUGUUCCUGAUUUUUCUUGUAACCAUUUACCACUAUGACUUCAUGAUUGGCUUGGCGUUCUACCUUUUUUCAUUGUACUGGCUAUCCUGGAAAGGGGGGAGACAAGAGGAGUCCGUCAAAAAGAAGUAA